AUGUUAAUUUCUGAUAAAUAUUACUCUGAUCCUGGUAAAGUCCUCAGAGGAGUUGAUUUAUCUUAUCCAAAUCUUAUUAUUUCAAGCGAAUGUCUUCAAAUUUAUGGAAAUUCCAUCAGUGAUUACUGUUUUAUGUAUUCCAAAGAUACUUUGGAAUCAUUUUCAUUCCAACCUAAUCCAAAACUCACCAAAAUUGGACCUUAUUCCUUCUAUCAAUGUACUAAAUUAUCCCGUAUUGAUUUAUCACCCUGCACACAGUUAAUAAUUGUUGACUCAUAUGCAUUUCAAGGAUGUUCAUCAGUCACAACUCUCUUGCUACCAAAUGGAUUACAAAAUAUUAGUAUAUACGCGUUUUCACGGCUUAAAAUUUCAUCGGUAGUAAUUCCAUCUAGUGUAACGUAUAUUGCUGAGCGAGGAUUUUCUGAUUCAUCAACUUUGACAUCGGUCACUUUUGAAGAGGGAUCUAAGCUUGCAACUUUGGAAUCACAUGUGUUCAUGUCAACAAGCCUAACUAAGAUAACUAUUCCAGAAUCCGUUACAAAAAUUUCCGGCCCAUUUUUUAAUAAUAUUUUAACAUUAAAGAAUAUUUACGUUCAUUCAAACAAUCAUAUCUUUAAAACAGAUGGAUCUGCAAUUUAUUCACCAGAUUAUACAAAAAUCCAUGCCUACGCCCCAAAUGCAUCAGAAUCUUAUGAAAUCAAUUCAAAAGUUGUUCAUAUUACAGCAGGAGCUUUUACCUCUGCCCAAUUCACGUCAGUUACAAUACCGCCAACAGUCAAAUAUAUUUAUAAUUAUGCUUUUCAAUAUACGACAAACUUAAAACAGAUAACUUUGCCUCCAAAUUUGACAGCAAUUUCAAUCAAUUGUUUCUAUGGCUCUGGUUUGACAUCAAUAGAAAUUCCAAGCCAAGUAACAACAAUAAGCACUGGAGCCUUUGCUAACUGUUACUCUUUAACAAAAGUUGUUUUACCUGAGAGUAUUAAAACAAUUGAAGGAAAUGCCUUUCCUCUUAAUAUUAACAUUGUUUUAAGUAGUUCUUCUUCUCUUUAUUUGGAUAACCAAAUGUUGUUGAUACAAUCUGAUAACACUUCUAUUAUUAUGUGCUUCAAUUCUGCUGCAACUUCAAUUACGAUUCCUUCCAGAGUUAAAACAAUAAAGAACUCUGCUUUCAAACAGAAAAACAAACUAAAAACAAUUGUUUGCGAUGGAAUUUCAGAACUUGAAUACAUAGAAAAUAAUGCUUUCGAUGGUUGUACGAGUUUAACUACAAUUCCAAGCUUUCCAAUGCUUAAAUCAAUUGGAUUUAGAGCAUUCUAUCAAACAAAACUUAAUUCUAACAUGAUUAUAUCUCAAAAUGUUUCAUAUAUUGGACCAUCAUCAUUCGAACAAUCAACAAUUCCAGGAAUAACAAUAUCUUCUCAAGUUGAAAGUUUAGGAAUUUAUAAUUAUGCCUUUAAAGAUUGUCUAAGUUUGUCUCAAGUUUCAUUUCAAGGUUGUUCUGCUUCUGUUACUAUUGGCACGAAUUGCUUUGAAAAUUGCAAAUCUUUGGGUUUCUUUAAUGUUGUUUCUAACAUCAAAGAAAUCGGUUCAAGUAGUUUCAUAAACUCUGGAAUCAGUCAUAUUUCAUUUGAUAACAAAAGAGCAUCAUUUAAGAUCUUAGAUACAAUGCUUUAUAAAGAUUGCAUCGGAUUGGAAGAAAUUGAUAUUCCUUCAAACAUUUUGACGAUUGGAAAUGAAUGUUUCAGUGGAACAUCAAUAAGGAAAUUAUCUAUUCCUGAUAGUGUUGAAAUAUUGUCAUCGAAAUGCUUUAGUAACUGUAUCAAUUUAGAAAGAGUUGAAAUAGCUUCGUAA